GAGAACAUGUGAUUCAGGGGUUAAGUCAGGGCAUGAGCUUGAAAUGCAGUGUCAUUGCAGCCAGGGGGGAGUAGGCGAGCAUGAGUGAAUCAAGUGAAAGGAAGAGCAUGAUUUUUGAGUGUCCGUUGGUGUAUGGUGGUGGCGAUAGCAGAGAGUGGGCACGUUAUGUCAUCCAACACAGUGGUGAAGGCAAACAACCCGGUGGGACACGCUGAUGAUGCUGAUGUUGAUGAUGACGACGCAGCUACGUAAUCGCCACAUGUGUUUCCUACCUCACUUGCUCACUGCUCUCCCUCUCGCUCAUUGGCACUCCCUGGUCACGUGACCUAAUGCUCUACUUCUCCUCUCCUUUCCUGAGACAGCUUAGGCUGCGCCGUGUUUCUCUUUGGGAUUGACGCUCAUCUGUGUGUAUACGAAUAUGUGUGGCAACAGAGAGACAGACAGUGUUCAAUUUGCAGGGCCGGAGAGCGGCUGCGUCAGAAAAUGUUGGAACGGUAAUGCAAUAAGCUAUCCUAGAAGAGGAAAAAGCUUAGGAAACAAAACAGAGGGAGUAAGCGAGAGAGGGAGGCAGAGGCAGUUUGACAAAGCCAGAGAAAAUGAGAGAUCAAGAGAGAGAAGCAGAAACAGGGAAAAGUCGAAGUAAGAGAGGCAGGGAAAGGCUACUGAAGUUGAUCGCUGUGUGGCCGGAACCCGCUCAGUAAUAUAAGAGAAAAAUACAACGAUCUGCAUGGGGGAGACGGCCAUGUUCUCCUCCUCCUCCUGUUUAAAUCUGCUCCAUAAGUCCAGCAAUGUUGAAGAGGGGAGACACCACAAGGCCAGUCAGCCAGCAAGAGGGCAAGAGGAAUCAUCCAGCGAUCAUGAAGACAUUGAUGAUGAUAAUGCCAAAGAAGAACGAUGACUGUUCGUGAAGUCACUUCAGUGGAUGGCCCCAGAAGUGGAGGCCAGAUGGAAAUUGGGUCACAUGACCGCCUCCAGGAAGGCGCCCUGAGCCUGGAACUGGCCAAUGGGGUGAAUCCCUACCCUAACAAUGAAGACAUCUCCAUGGAAACAGAGCAAAGCAGGGCUGGAAGUGUGCCCCCAGGACAGUGGGCGUCAGGACACGGCAAGGUCAGUGACACCCAGCAACAGCAAUCAUCUUGGAGUGGCAACAGCAGUUCAACCUCUGGUGAGCCUGACCACCAUGCAAACAUGGAGGAUGCCCACAAUCUGGUGGCUUUUUCUGCUAUUGCUGGCUCCUUGCCUCCUUCCUCUUCUUGCUUAGUGCAGCCCAACACAGCCCAGCUUUAUGAGAAGUUCACCCAGGAGAUGGGUGCUGAGGGGGUUCAGGCCAGAGUUCCAUCAGAGGCUCCAAGGGGUAGCUGCCAACCUCCAGAAGACCUAAACACCCUACAAACAGCACUGAGCCAAGCCAAACAUGGACAUAAGCCCCCUAACUGCAACUGUGAUGGGCCUGACUGUCCAGACUAUCUUGAAUGGCUGGAGAAAAAGAUUAAGUUGGCAACCAGUGAGGAUCAAGGUGCCUGCAGGAUGGUUGACCCACCUCCACAUUUACAGCCCCAUCAACCAAAACCCCAAUUGCAACACCACCCUCAGCCCUACCCCCAAAUGAAUGGCGGCCAUCGAUUUUCCACAGCAUUCCCCCAGCAGCAACAGGGAACUCAAGGCCCUCAUACAACCCAAGUGCCCGGCCCUAAGCCCCCAAUACCCUGUUCUCCCCAGGUGCUCUCUAUAGCCAAGGAAAAGAACAUCAGUCUGCAGACAGCCAUCGCCAUAGAAGCCCUGACUCAGCUAUCUGGUACUGGUCCACAAGCUGCCAGUUCUCCCAGUCAAACCCUGUACAACAGUAACCUCCAUCACCACCAACAUACCCUAGGCCUCCAAUCUCAGACCCCUAAUGGCACUAGCUUGAUGUCAUCCUCCCCUGGCCCUCAUUCAUCUUCUUCCCGGUCUCAGUCCGUCCCUCCAGGACUUCAUACUAGCCAGCAGGUUUCAGUGUCCUGUGAGCAUAACAGGCCCCAAUCCCAGGGCCAGCCACCUCAUGUUACCCCUCUCCCAUCUUCUACCUCUCCCUUCCCAAGUCAGGGAAAAAAUCCAGGCUUCAACCCUAAUCCACAGCAGUGGCAGCAGGGCUCAGGCAGAGGGUCUGAACAGAAGAACCAGUGGAUGUGUAUGAAGUCUGAACCCCAGUCUCACUUCGCCGCUGCACCUCAGAGUAACUCUGACCCCAUGUCAGAGCUAAAACAGCUGCUUGGUGACACCAGUGGCAAAUUCAGCAGUGCCCCAUUCAAGCUUCCAGUCACACAGCAUCCCAGAAUGAGCCAGAAUGGAGGUAUCCAGGCCCAGGACAACCUAGCAAUGGCAAAGAUAAAGCAAGAGCCAGACUCUGGUGAGCACUAUAAUCACACUGCUUCCAUGGGACACUAUGGCAUGGCUAAUUGUCAGCAGCAGAGUCAGCACUAUCCUGGCACUCCCCUGUCCCCUGGCCAAGCAGCCAUCAGCUAUUCCACUCAGGCAGCUCUGCAACAGCACCUUCACUACAAGAGAAACCUCUUCUCUAACCACUCCUCUGGCUUAGGAUCACCAGGCCCCCAUGCACCUAUGGCAUGCCAAAACUUGAAAAAAUGGUGGCCACAGAUGGCGGCAGAAGGCUUGUCACAUCUGGCCAUCAAACAAGAACCUAAGGAACCCAAGAAGAAAAAAAGCAGCCAAGGAUCCCCUGUCAUAAAAGCUGUGAGUGGGAUGCUUUCACUUCCCCCCAUCCCUAAACCCAAACAGAUAAUCAUCAAGAAGACCAAGCAGAAAGCCUCGAUGCCAACCUUCCUGCCUCAAACUCAGAUUACAAUACAAAAACCACCAGUCCUCAUGAUGGACAGAGCCCCGGCCCUGACCAGCCUGCAACCAGGUUGUUCCCCAUCUCUGCCCCUCCACAGUAACUCCACUCAGGCUGCUGUUGCAGGCCUGCCUGCCCCAGCCCAAUCUCAGGUAUCUAUUUCAAGUUCCUCAAUGACUCCUUCAUCCUUUGUUCCCACUCUAUCAGAAAACACUCCAGCCCUCUUGGGCCCUUUGCCUCCACCUAGAGCCCCUGUUACCCAUGAUAGAUCAGAAGAAACAGGCAGCCUGGCCUCAAAUAACACCAGCACCACCACACCUCUGACCUCCACAUCUCCAUCUAGCACAUCACAGUUACCGAGUCUCACCAACAUCGACCCGAAGUAUGAAGAACUAAUACGCCAGUUUGAGGCUGAAUUUGGAGACUCAGCUCUAGAUGGACUGGCCAAUCAGCCCAUGGAGGAGACUGCUACAGCCCCUCAGGUGGACGGCCAGGCCAGUCCUCAACACCUCAGUCCUACAUCAACACCUAUAUCCCAGUCAGAUUCCUCACUUCCGCCCACUCAAGCCAGCUCAACAACUCAUCCAAAUGAUCAUGAGAUGGAAGCUAACAAGGAUGAGACAGAGACUGCUAUGGAAGAAACCCUGAACCAAUUAUCCACUGAAAGCUCCAUGGAGAAGCAGCACGAGGGUGCCCAACAAGUCUCUCUGAAUCAGGAUACCGCUCUGGAGAAGCAGCAGCAGCCCACUGUGUUGGAGGAUAGGUUUAGCAUGCCAGGGUCUCCUCUACCCAAACGAAUGAAGAUUGAAGCCUCAGGUGAUAUAGCAGUACUUUCCACCACAUGCUAUCCUGAAGAGGACACGCCAACCAAGGACAGUCUACCCUCCUCUCCGUCUCUCAGAGGAUUCUUGGAGUCUCCUCUGCGUUAUCUGGACAGCCCCACCAAAACAUUGCUGGAUACACCGUCCAAGGAUCUACAGGCUGAGUUUCCUACCUGCAACUGCGUGGAACAAAUCCUGGAGAAAGAUGAAGGGCCCUACUAUAAUCACCUGGGAUCUGGACCUACUGUAGCCUCCAUACGAGACCUAAUGGAGACGAGGUAUGGGGAGAAAGGGGAAGCCAUCAGGAUUGAGAAGGUGGUGUACACUGGCAAAGAGGGAAAGAGCUCACGGGGAUGUCCUAUCGCUAAGUGGGUGAUCCGUCGUGGCAGCGAGACAGAGAAGCUGCUGUGUCUGGUGCGCCAACGUGCAGGCCAUCACUGUGACAAUGCUGUCAUAAUAAUCCUCAUCAUGGCCUGGGAAGGUGUCCCCAGGGGCCUGGCUGACAAGCUGUACCGGGAGCUCAGCGACACCCUCACCAAAUAUGGCAACCCCACCAGCCGACGUUGUGGCCUCAAUGAUGAUCGAACCUGUGCAUGCCAAGGCAAGGACCCUGAAUCUUGUGGUGCUUCAUUUUCCUUUGGCUGCUCCUGGAGCAUGUAUUUUAAUGGCUGCAAGUACGCCCGUAGUAAAACACCACGCAAGUUCAGGCUACAAGGAGAUCAUCCUGAAGAGGAGGCCAAACUCAGGGAUAACUUCCAGCAUUUGGCAACCGAGGUGGCUCCUUUGUACAGACGACUGGCCCCACAGGCUUACAGUAACCAGUGUCAGUCAGAGGCAAAAGCUCCAGAAUGCAGACUUGGUUUGAAGGAAGGACGGCCGUUCUCUGGAGUCACUGCUUGCAUGGAUUUCUGUGCCCAUGCUCAUAAGGAUCAACACAAUCUCUACAAUGGUUGCACAGUGGUGUGCACUUUAACUAAGGAGGACAACCGCAAAGUGAAGGAGAUCCCUGAAGAUGAGCAGCUCCAUGUACUGCCUCUGUACAAGGUAUCUUUGACCGAUGAGUUUGGCAGCCAGGAAGCCCAGCGCCUCAAGAUGCAGACAGGGGCCAUUCAGGUGCUUCAGGCUUUCCGCCGCGAGGUACGGAAGUUGCCUGAACCUGCCAAGUCUUGCAGACAGCGCCGACUGGAGGCUAAGAAGGCGACCAUGGAGAAGAAGAAAAACAAGCUUCUGGAACAGGCAGGGGAGACUCCAGAGAAAACUGUAGUAAAGGCUGAAGUCUGCAUCACUGGUUCCCCUCAUCCUCAAGGCAAUAAAGCAAUUAUAAAACAAGAGGUGAAGCCCAACAUCAAGAGAGAGCCCUUCAACGGAUCGAUAGAUGGAUACCCAGUGCAGGCAGCAGACCCUUUCAACAACAUCUAUCCACACCCUGCCUACUAUGCAAGGGGAGGCCAGCCUUCUGCACCAGACCCAGUCAACGGUUACCAUCACAAUCUGCACUAUGGCUACUACAACUUACCCCCCAAUGCACUUUUCCCCCCUAAGCUGAGGACCUACGAGGGUCGAAAUAGCUCUUUGCUCAAAGCAGGCACCAAGGCUGAUCAGGUGGACAUGAAGCCUGAUAUUCAGGGUCUUCAGGCCAGACUUGCCCAGUCCUACCCUAGUCGCCCAGAGCAAGCCAACCAGCUUAACCACAGCGCUUACACCCAGCCUGCAGACUAUAACCAGUCCCGUCCUUCCUCUGUCUCUUCUGAACCCUCAAACAGAGGCACUCCAGUCAUCAAGCAGGAGCCUAUGGAUAUGCCAGUCUAUGAAGGCACAAUGCCAAGCCAGGCUGGUGCCACCACACCUAGCACUACCCCCCAGCCUGCAGCCUGGCCAGGGCACAAGCUUAAUGGAAGUAUCGUUCCAACCAGCUGGGAGGGCCAUUUGAACCCCAAAUCAAGCCCUGAAGCCUCAUUGUUGAACCCUGAAAAGCAGCAGUUUCACCAGCAUCCCCAACAGAGGCAGCAGUCUCCUUACCCCCAGCAGUGGACAUCCUAUCCUGGCUCAAACGCCCCAGUGGCCUCCCCUGCCCCAUCACCAUCACUACAGGUACCUUCCUCUCCAUCUCCGUCCCCUCACCUAGGGGCAGCGCUCCCAGGUAUCCACCAAGGAUCCACACACCCUGCCACCCCACGUCCAAGCACCCCUCACCCAGGUACACCACAGCCUGGUUGCUCUCACUCAGGCUCAGUAACACCACAGCCAGGCACCCCAGGCCCAGGCACUCCAGGCCCAGGAACCCCAAGGCACUGGGCUAGUCCUGUUCCCAGUCCUCAGCCGAAUGCUUGGGCCAUGGGGCCAAUGGCAUAUAGCCCAGGUUUGAAGCACAGUCAUCCCACAGGAGCCUACCCAGACAAAAUGUGGUCCAAGACAGGGGAAAGUCGUUGCUCCACUCCUCUCGGGCUCCAAGAGAAAGCGUGGAAAUCUUGUGGGGGUUCAGUGGCAGGCAGUACGCCAUCCCCUGCCCCUGAGGGUCGCCUCUUCCCUGAUGCUUUGCAGCAGUCUGAUCAGGCCUGUUGGAAUCCAGGCAGAGCUGAGAGUAUUGUUGAAAGCACCAAGGGCCGUGAAGUAGAUGAGGAUGAGGUGUGGUCUGACAGCGAGCACAACUUUCUGGAUCCUGAAAUCGGUGGUGUAGCAGUAGCACCAGCCCAUGGCUCCAUCCUGAUUGAAUGUGCCCGUCGGGAACUACAUGCUACCACUCCACUCAAAAAGCCUGAUCGGUCCCAUCCAACCCGCAUCUCCCUGGUCUUCUACCAGCACAAGAACCUCAACCAGCCCAUGCACGGUCUGGCCCUGUGGGAGGCCAAAAUGAAGCUGCUGGCUGAGCGAGCGCUGCAGAGGCAGCAGGAAGCAGCUCUCCUUGGCCUCUCCCAGGAUGAUAUCAAGGCACUCGGGAAGAAACGCAAGUGGGGGCCAACAGGGGCAGGCGCCAGUCCAGGACCUGGACAAUCUAAAGACAAGAGAGAGGGGCCAGUGACGCGAUUAGCCCCUACUUUCCACACCACCUCUAUGGUUACUGUGUCUCCCUAUGCCUUCACCCGCCUCACUGGGCCCUACAGCCACUUUGUCUGAGGUCAGACAGACACAAACAUGCUUAUAGCUACAAGGUGGUGCAGUGGAGGGCUGGAGAGAGCGAUGAGCAGGAUGAAUGUCUCCCAGCCAUCCCGCAGUCCGGCAUCUCUCCAUCCUGCCCCCUCCGCAGUCCACUUGGAGGAGGGGACGUUUUUAUUGUUUUUACCUCAUGUCAGGCAGUGGUUUGGGCUUCAAACACACUGCCUGUGGUGCUCUUCCUCUCUCUUCCCUGGAGAGGAACUUCAUUGCUUUUUCUUGUUUAUAGAAUUUUAAUGAUUCUAAUUAUUGCUAUUAUUAUCAAUAUUAUUAUGAUUGCUAUUGUUACUGUCAAUGUUGUUAUUACAGGUAUUAUUAUAAUGAAGACUUGUUUGUUUUUAUUAUUGCUGUUUUCAUUAAUGUUAUUAUUAAUGAUGUGAUUGUUUUUGGUUAUAUAUUUUUUUAAAUCAAUCAGUCUGCGUCAGUCAGACUCAGACUUUUACUUUUUCCAUGUUUGGAAAAUGUGUACCCUAUUUUCUGUUUGACUUUAAUUGUUUCUUGUCAAUCUUCCAGCUGUACUUAGAGGAGGAGCAUUAGUCUGUCAGACCAAACAGCACAUUGAUACUUCAGUAAUCAUGCAUGCAUACAGUGUAUAAAAAGAGCAUUUUUAUAGCACUUGUCUUAGAAAUAUAUAUCUCUAUAUUGACAAUAUUCAGAUACGUAUCUCUAUUUUUAAAAAGCUUUAAGGCCUUUAUAAAGGAAAAUAGCAAUUAUUUUUCUUCUGGGCAUUUACUUUCUUACUGUUGCCAUUGUAAAAUGUUUUCAACUGGUCAUUGCCUGGACCAGUGGGCCUCAAGCUAUUUCUGGCAGGCUCUCCUUCCAAAAAAAAAUGCUAUCAGACACAUCCUUCACUAACAAAUUUGUAUAGCUUUGAAAUAUAUUUGAAAUGAUGUCAGAUAAAAAAAGACUUGUCACUACUAAGCCACUUUAACAGAGAAAACAAGUGAAUCUACAGCAGCAUCCACCAAAUUUUUAACAUGUAACAGUAUGCAUUGCAUUUAUACUUGUUGGACGGCUUUUACACUGUCUAAAGGUUCGAUCUUUGAGGCAUAUCACUCAAUAUACAAUGCAAUAUUUAUAGUAGUCAGAACCAACAAAAGUAACUUUACCCUGGGAUGAAGAGGUCAAUAAAGACUGAAAAAAUUUAUAAGUAAAUUCAGGUGUUCACUGUGCAACUUUUUUACCACUUUUCUCCCUCAUUAGACCACAUAAUCCUGCACAGUACUUGUAGAGUCAGCAAAGUAAAUAUUCGGAAAAUAUAAUAUUGUGCUCAGUAAUUAUUAUCAUUAUUGUUAUUAUUAAUUAUCAUUAUUUUUAUUUAGCCUUGCUGCAGCCCCCACUGACAAAACCUCCCAUUUUGGGAAUUACUGGCCCUGAUGGACAUUGGUUCACAGAUGCACCACUGCUUUAUCAUAAGAGAACACACUAUAAAGAAACCUGCCGACAAAACACUUUUUUCUGUACCGUUUUUUUCACUACUGUAACAAGAACAUGUGAGAUGACUCCAAACGCAGGCUAGUUUUUGACAUUUUUGAGUAAAGCUAAACAGCAGAAUUUGGUUUCUGCUUCUGUGUGUUCUUUUGCAAGUGCUGUCGUCAUCUAGACAUCAAAAUCAAGAAGAUAGAAACAUAAUGCCCAGCUUAAAAUAAUUGUAAUUGCCCUCUAAAUGAUACUGAGAGUAACUUUUGCUGCUUUGUGCUCCAAAGAUAAUGCUCCUUCUCCAGUUCUGCACCCCUUUGGCUUUCAACUGGUGCUCAACUUCCAGCCCUGAAUGAUUCUCAUUCUGCUUCUCUUCAUGGCACUUGAUGCUGUACUUAGGUGCUCAAAUUCACAUCUGGCUCAACUAGUAUUUGCAAGUGUAUUUCUUUGUUUUGACUGAGUACCAGAUGGCAAUGAUUGGAGGACAUGCGCUGUCCAUUUCUCAUGCAAAGAUAAAAAGGGUGAACAUAAUAAAUACUCCCAUUUGCAGAUUUCCUGGUUGGAAAACUGCACGUCUGGUACUUCAUUGAGGUUAAAAUGAAUGAUUCUAUUUGCAAAUAUCAUUUGACCUAGACCUGCAAACACCACACAGAUAAAACAGAUGACAACUUUAUCUUCCUUUAAUAUUCAAGUCAAGGUGAGCACUUCCCAAAUGUAAACUCUAGAAGGCAGUAGUGACUGCCUACACUCACUUGAAAUCUACCCUGAAGCCUGCAGAGCCUUUCUUUGCCAUUUUAACCAUCCAUGGCCAGCAGAGGGGGGCAUCAGACCUCGUUUGCUGAUUGUGGAUGGGCAGGGAGAAGCUUUGGCUCUAAUGUGACUGUAGUCUAGAGAAGCAUUUGGGGAGUCUGUCCUGGGUUAGACGGAAAAGGAAACAGUGUUAGGACAGCAGUUGUUUUGGUGCUCCUACACACACUCUGGUGCUGUACUUUUACACUUGAUUAUCAGUGAAGGGCCUACCGCUUCCUCUGCAUGGUGCUGUCAUCUUCAAGCAGAGAGAGCUGUGUCCUUCUUAGGCACCUUGUCACCACAGAGCCAGCCAGCCUGAGUGCUCUGCUCUGUGGUCGAAGCUCAGUCAUUGGACUUGAGAAAAUGGUUCCAUUUUAGGUGUUUUUGCUUCUUCUUUUUUUCUAUGACGAUGCAUUCUGUCUCAAAGAACACUGUCAGGGGCAGAGAAAGCACAGUCAUUUGAAACAUAUUGACCCAUUCACAAAAAAGAAACUGAGGGUUAAAGGAAGACCUUGGGAAAUUCCUGAUUCUGGGAGUUAGCACCAACAUUCAAUCAAUGAAUCUCUCACUUUGUGUGAAUGUUUGUGUGUGCUAGUGUAUGUAUGAGUGCAUGAAAGAGAAGAGCCAAAGAGAGAGACUAUUUGAUAGCCUGAAUAGAGUCCUGUGAAUCAUUUUUAUUUUCCCCACAUGAACUACGUGACCUUACAUUAAUUCAAUUCAAACGGUCACAGGUGUUGAAAAUAAAAAUGAGUAACUACUAGAACUCGGCACAGGCUAACUCCUGGAUGCUUGGUGGUUGUUUGGGUCAUGGCCCUGGUCAUCUGUGAAAGACCCUGUUACCUCUCCCGAGGGUCUCCAGCUCUCUACCUCACGCUGUAGAGACACUGGUCACAAUCACACCUUGCUACUGAGGGCAGAGAAUCAUGCAUAUGUCUCUUUGUGUGCUCGAGAUCACCACACUCAUUUUAACCUGCUUUUUUUUUACUCUUAUUUAUUACUACAUGGUGAUGAUGAUGAUUGUCUUUGAUGUUUUUUUUUCAUCUUUUUUAUAUAGCUAAUACAAAUUGUACAUAGAGAAGAAAAGAUUUAUAAAAGCACUUUUAAUCUUGAUUUUAAUGACAAAAAGAAAGAGCCGAUUAUUGACAACUUGAAGCUUAGGGGUUUUUCUGUUUGUUUUUUUAUUUUCUCAAGAGAGAGAUAAGAAAUGUAAAUAUUAAAAUAUUUAGGUAAGAUUAUUUAACUGGUGAGGGUAGUGACUAAACAUGAAUGACAAUGGGGUAUUUUGAAGUCUUUGACAACCCUCGACAACAGUAAACAACACUUGGUCCCAAUGUGUUGUGUGUAAUUGUGUGCUUAGUUACACUGCUGUUUUGCUUUUAUUGAGUACUGUAGCCCUUGUCAGCAAGUAACUGACAGAGACCUGUCACUUUCUGAAAACAAAUUCAUUUGCCCAGUUUUGUAACAGAAACCACACUUGACUAACUCAGAGAUAUCUGGCAGGAGGAAUCCCGAAUCCCUGUAUCUGAAAAAGUAUGAAUUUUACAGUUUUACUUGACGAUUGUCAACUUGACAGCGAUGGAUUUCUGAUUUUCUAAAGCAGGUUUUAAUGACUUACACAUAAAUAUGGCAAUUUCACAUUUCAAUGUAAGUACACGUCAGUCAGUACGUUUACAUGCAGAUAGAAAGGUUUCAGUUGGACUAAAAUGUCCUGAAUUUUUUAAACAUUCAGGUUUUGCUAAGUCAGAUUUUUUAAGUCAGACGUACACGCCUUGAUAAUGCGGUUGGAGAUGGAUUUUACUUUUGCAUGUGUACACCUCAAAUUGGCUGACACAGGGUAAUGUGUUCAGCUUGAGCGCUGCAGCCUUCACACCUGGGAGUCUCACAGCUGAGCAUAGCCAAAGUCACAUUGUUGUCUGCCUUUGGAUAUAACCAUAAGAACAGGAGAUAACUUGCUCUUUUUUGUACCAAAAGUAAAGCAUAAAGCCUGUAAGAAAAUAAAAGCGCUGUUAAGAUGUCCAUAUUUUCCAUUGUUUAACAUCCAACUGCUUUGCUGCUUUCUAACUUCCUGACAGAGGUUUUGUUACCUCAAUGUUUCAACUGCUAACUUCCUGCUGUCUUCCUCAAAGUAGUCACGACAAUAUUUCUGUCGUAUCAGAUGACCUUAAAGAGAUUUGGUCAUCCUUUCUAGUUUGAAAGGACUAUCACACCCCCUUUCUGGCAGCUUCUUGAGAACAGUAUCCCAGUUCACGGUCCUGUGGGCCUGUUUCUGAAUCUUGAUGGCCUUCCUGAUUUAUCGUGGCACUUGGUGCUCUCUUGAGCCACACCUGGGAUCCUCAAGAAGCUGCGAGCAGCAGGGGGCAUGGGCAUUUUGUCAAACUAGACAGAAGACCAAACCUAGAUAAGAUCAGCUGAUAGGACACGUCAGAGAAGCAUCAUAUGAGACAGACUGAAGAAAGUCAGCAGUCGAAACAUUUCAAGAUCAAUAAGAAAACACGGGGAGGAAACAUUUUUAGUGAGACAGUGUGAUCCUUUUUGGAUUAUUGCUCACUAAUUUGUUAGUAGGUAAUAAUCAAGCUUAAAGGGACAUACUGCCACUUAAUGAAGCACAGGCAGACACACGUGUGCCAAUAAUUUAAAGACAGUAGUCCAGAUAGAUAACCUAAUGGAGCUUUAGCUGUUGCUUGACUUAAAUCUGCAUGUAAAUGUACUGAGUUACUAGAUAGUUAAGGGCAAACCUUAAAGGCAUCUUUAAACCUGGUAUGAGCUGUUUGUUGCUUUAAAUUGGAACAUUUUAGAAAUGCUAAUUUGCUACUGAGCAUCAUAUGAGAGAACUGAUACCUAUUUAAUGUUUGUCCACCAAAUAUAAAGCUGGAGCAAGCAGCUGGUAAGCUUGGCCUUGCAAGAAAACAGUGAGUUUUGCUCAAAACCAGGACUUUGGAAGUUCAUCAAUCUUGUUCAUCUCCAGGCUUCAUUGGAGCCGUAUUGCCACCUGCUCUAGUCCCUGCAUUAAAUCUAGAACUGGUCCAGCAGAUUUCUCUGAUGCAUGCUCAGCUGGCUGUUGUCAAUAUCUUUCCCAAGCUAAGCUAACCAGCUGUUGUCUCUGUAUCACAUGUACAAAUUUAUUUCAAAAAAGUCGAUUUUUACCUGUUCUAAAUCUACAUCGGAUCAUGGGUGGGACCCUAAUCCAAGAGGAUAUUCUGGUUGUUGCAGGGCUGGUCGGAGGUUUAUCAGUGGAAGAUGUUUUAGUGAGUAAUAGCCCAGCAUACUUUUGUCAGUUGUGUUAGAUUAUCAGUAAAGAGACUUCCUCCCUGCUUGUUUAGAUGUACCUAUCAUUAUUAUCUACCCUAGUUCUCAUACUAGUAAGUACGCACUUGGUAUUAAGAGGAUUACACGAGGUGUUUUAGUUUGUAAUAAUCACCCAUCACAUCCCACUGUAGUUUGACUGGUGCAGUAACAGGGCCAAGUUUGACUUUUAAAAACAUGGCCCACAUUGCACACCACACAUAAGCCUAACAACUGGUGCUGAGGAUACAGUGUACGUGAUUUAAUAAUAGCUGUAAAUUUCUUCAUGUCUCACUAGUUUGGUGGAUGGUUCUCAUAAGAAGCGACACCUCCCGAGCACGUACCGAGAAGGGAGGUCGUUCAGCUGGUGCUAUGAAGCUACACCUUAAAAUUCACUGUGUAAAAAAAAAAAAUGUGAGGGAUAAAUGAUUACCACAAAUAUUUUUCUGAGCUCUUCGAAUGUCAAGAGAUCUAUUCUUUAGAUUAAAGCAGUUUCACGGAAUGGGAAGCUGCCUUGGUGCUGACUUUAGGAAAAGUCUUUUGUUACAACGCUAAAAACAAAAGGACAUCUCUUUUAGAGGGUAGGGGGCACUCAAACAGUUCAUGACAUUCUCUAUUAAUCAUUCCAUAUUGUACUUGAACUCAUUAAAACUAGGAUGAGAUAUAGAAUCAUAUAAUAUGAAGACUGUUAUCUGGGUUUCACAUUUGGUACAGUGCAAGUACCAGCGGCUUUUGGAAUAAUCUUUUGAUUUUCUUGUACAUGUUCAUGGUAACUGAAUGCUAAGAUAUUUGAACAAUAUAAGUGUACUGCCUCCCUCAUCCUCUCCCCAGACAUGCACUUCCUUUACUCACCCUCUCUUAUCACCUUGUACAUUUUAACUUUCUCACACACAAAAAACACACAUGACUUACAUUUGCAUCUCACUGUGUAUGGCCCACGUUUAAAACACCUUAAGUUAUGAACAUUUCUCAAAUUUGGGAUGGAGACUUGGACCCUGGCCCAUACAAAAAAAAAUAAAAAUACAAAUGAACCUACACAACUGGCAGCUACAUUCCUUUUUGAGUUCUAGGAUUGUUUUGGGUUUUUUAUUUUCAUGUCAAGGAUGCAGUAUGUAAAAAAGUGUUUUUGUUCAGUCUCUCUCUUUGUAGCUGUAUGGUGUAUUAUGUGAAUACAUAGUGUAUGUGGUAAAGACCCCACAAUAUUGUUUUAUGUUGCGCGAUAAAUAAAGACAUUGAAGUGAA